AUAAAGUGCAGCAAAAAAAAAGAAGGACCAGUAGAACAGUCAUCGGGCAGUGACGCAUAUGAGGACGGUGAGAAAAGUUCCGAAUUAGGAACCGCUGUGUCACAGUACACCACUGGCACUCUCGAGAGCAAGAAGCCCAUCGACUCAGUAGAUGUGUCGCAUUCAGCACCUACGAUGUCUUCGGCAUCGUCGGUUCCAAAGACAGCUAUAGCCGGCUCGACGCUAUCAGUGGCAUCUACAGCGAACUCAGCGACAUUGACUGCAGCUCCAACAGAGUCGAGUGAUGCCACAAGCCAAGAUGGACUGUACUGGACGUUGAGUGCCAUGCAAAGCGAAGAUGGUGUAGAGUAG